UCGCAAAUCUCUGAAGUCUGAACUGUUAUUCACUGUUUGAAGUUUUAGGUUAUGUUUAUAUUUUGUUACCAAUAAUUAAUUUAUUGAAAUAAUAUUGUUACAUUAUUUCGUUCAACACUUGCAAACGAUAAUAUGCUGAGUCAAUAUUGAUAAAUUGUGUCUUGCUUGUAAAAUUCAAUAAUGGUGUGCAGCAAGUGUGAGAAGAAAUUGGGCAAAGUGGUGACGCCCGAUCCAUGGAAGAGUGGUGCAAGGAAUACAGUAGAAGGAGGAGGAAGGAAAAUAGGAGAGAACAAAGCCAUCUCCGGUAAUAAAUCGAGAUUCAAUCCGUACACUGCCAAGUUUGAGACUUGCCGCAUCUGCAGACAAAAAGUGCACCAAGUUGGAUCGCACUAUUGUCAGGCUUGUGCUUACAAAAAAGGCAUCUGUGCCAUGUGUGGCAAAAAGUUAAUUGACAUUAAAAAUUACAAACAGUCAUCAGCUUGACUUCAUUUAUUAAAAAUAGUGGACAAUGAGUAAUCCAGUAUUUGUAUGUACAAAUCAAUGGUUGACAGAGUAGCAUACCGUAUUGGUUUGUAUGGUGAGGUUAAACUGAAAUAAUUAACUCUGUACUAAAGUCUGUUUAUAGUACAAUUCUGUAAAUAUAUUUAUAAAUGAAUAAAUUCCUUCGCAAAUUUAUUUAAGAAAUAAACUUCAAUAUUAUCAUUUGUAGCUUGCAUUAUGAAACGUUCGAUUUGAAGAUUUUUAUAUUAGUAAUGACAGAUUUUUUCAUUUUAAAAACAGUGUUGUAUGAUUGGAAAAUAUAUUUAAGAUUCUUUUGUAAUUCUGAAUAUAAAGGUAUUAGGCCUAUAUAAA